GCUUUGCGACGUUCAGUCUAGACGCCAUCUUGAGGAGACCCCAAAACUGGUGACAACAAUCUCAGGCGCAUCAUAAUGGGAUUACUAACCUCUAAAUAAAAUCACCUCAAAUCGUUGUGGGUAGCAGACGACAUCAGAAAGGAGAGGAGUCGUCCACCAAGAGUGUAUUACUUAUCAAAGAAGACUGCGGCUUAGCUAAAGGCAACAUUGCCUGUAGCUAGAUGGCUGGCUAGCUAUCUAUGCCAACAGCUGGUCUGUGUGCCGCUCCGGAGUGAACCGUGUGGCCUGCUCGGGAGGAAGGGUGGCGACCGCGCAACAUGCAAUCACGUUAAUUUACUACAGAAUCAAAUUUGAUUCAAAGACCCUGCAAAUUGGAUGCGACAAUGCACUUAUAGAUAUCACGCUCUUAAUGUAAAUUUCGUUGUCUGGAGUGAUACGACCCAGCUAGCCUGCUUGAUUACAGUGCUGUCUUGCGUUUCCUAAAUUAUUCCCAACAGGAGACAUGUCAUCCAACUGUACCAGCGUUGCGCCGGUGAGCGCUAGCAAAACGAAGACGAAAAAGAAACAUUUUAUAGGACAGAAAGUGAAAUUAUUCCGUGCAAGUGAGCCUAUUCUCAGCGUUUUAAUGUGGGGUGUCAACCAUACGAUCAACGAGUUGAGUAACGUGCCUGUACCAGUAAUGCUGAUGCCUGAUGAUUUUAAAGCCUACAGUAAGAUCAAAGUGGACAACCACCUAUUUAACAAAGAGAACCUGCCCAGCCGCUUUAAAUUCAAAGAGUACUGCCCUAUGGUGUUCCGCAACCUGAGGGAGAGGUUCUGCAUCGAUGACCAGGAUUACCAGAACUCUCUGACGAGGAGCGCCCCGCUGAACAGCGACUCCCAGGGGCGCUUUGGCAACCGCUUCCUGUCCAGCUACGACCACCGCUUCGUCAUCAAGACGGUGUCCAGCGAAGACAUCGCCGAGAUGCACAACAUCCUCAAGAAGUACCACCAGUUCAUAGUGGAGUGUCAUGGCAGCACUCUGCUCCCCCAGUUCCUGGGCAUGUACCGGCUAACAGUGGAUGGGGUUGAGACGUACAUGGUGGUGACCCGUAAUGUAUUCAGCUACCGUCUGACCGUGCACCGCAAGUACGACCUGAAGGGUUCCACGGUCUCAAGGGAAGCCAGUGACAAAGAGAAGGCCAAGGAACUCCCCACCUUUAAAGACAACGACUUUCUGAACGAGGGCCAGAAGCUGCAGAUAGGAGAUGACAACAAGAAGUACUUCUUGGAGAAACUAAAGCGCGACGUAGAGUUCCUGGCCACUCUGAAGAUCAUGGACUACAGUCUGCUGGUGGGGAUCCAUGAUGUGGACCGGGCAGAGCAGGAGGAGAUGGAGGUGGAGGCAGGAGGAGAGGAGGAGGAGUACGAGAACGAUGGGAUGGGAGGAGCACUCACCGGCUCCUUCGGCACCCCUCCAGACAGCCCUGGGAACCCCCUCAAUUUUGGUGGGUUCUUCAGCCCUGGCGAGUUUGACCCCUCCGUGGACGUCUACGCAAUCAAGAGCAACGACAGUGCUGUGAAGAAAGAAGUGUACUUCAUGGCUAUCAUCGACAUCCUCACGCACUACGACGCUAAGAAAAAAGCUGCACAUGCUGCCAAAACUGUGAAACAUGGGGCCGGGGCAGAGAUCUCCACCGUAAACCCAGAGCAGUACUCCAAAAGAUUCUUUGAGUUUAUGUCCAACAUCCUGUCAUAGAAUCAUCUCUCCUACCCCAGCCAAUCACAUCCUGUCAUAGAGCCAUCAGCCACACCCACCCCUCUCUCGCUCCUCCUGCCCCUCCCACCUGACUUAGCCCCACCCCUUACCCUCCCACCCAGGGGACGACAGACUGAAAGGAUGCACAGACGACAAGCCUGUUCCAUUGACCCACAGAGAGGGGGCGCCGGACUCUUUCAACAAAAAAAAGCAACGCGUCUCUUCUCCUCCCACGUCCUACUCCCUCUGCCUCCUCAGUCUGAGUGCUCAACAAGGAAGGCUAGUGAAACAGAGUUCUAUAGGAUAUUUGAGUCCCUCCCCCCGCCACCUUAUACUAGUCCUCACGCCAGCACGGGAACUGUCUCACUAAUGCCUUGUAGGAGUCUGUUUAGUACCGUCUGUUCUUUAUUGUUUUGACACACAUACACACCUCUCACAGACACAGAAGCGGUCAGAUCGCAUUCAUCUUUUGACCGAGUGGCCAACAGGCGUUUACAAACUCUGCUUCCUUGACUUGUCAGGAGAUCCGCAGCCGACAGUAACAAAAUUGGAAAUGCAGGAGAUUAAUUAAUAUAUAAGGGUUUUACGUAAAUGAAUGCAAUACCAAAAUGCAUGGCUAAAAUGUACAUGACUUCGCCAGUUAGUUGAAACGGCAAACCACUGAACUUAGCAUCUGAGCAUUAUGACUAAAAAAGAAAAAAACACAUCUGAAUGUUACGUUGCCAUAUUGUUCUGAAAACUUAUGACAUUUUUACCAUGAACAUGGAGGUUGGUAAAAGAAAAUCCACAUAAAAAGGGGAGUACUAAAGCAAAUGCUUGUUUUAUUACCAUAAGAAUCAUUUUUUAUAUCAUGUUUACAUUAAUGUAGCAUUUGUUUGUAUAGUUGUUUUGUUACCGACAUUAGAUCAGAAAAGUUACUUGAAAAGGAUCCAUUACAUAUUAAAGGGAGUUGUUUUUGUUUUCCUGAA